AGAAGGCGCGCUAUGUAUAUUAGGUUCAGAUUUUUACUUUUUAGGAAAUACUGUACUUCUUCAAACAGUGAUAUGGUUAAGGUGCUUAAUGUUGCUGAGAAAAAUGAUGCAGCAAAAACUCUUGCAAAUGUCAUGUCACGAGGGAGUGCCAGAAAGAGGGAAGGGUUUUCCAAGUUUAACAAGAUAUAUGAGUUUAAUUACAACAUACUAAACAAGAACUGUUUGAUGAUGAUGACCUCUGUCAGUGGACAUCUGUUGGAGCUGGACUUUGUUGGACAAUAUCGCAAAUGGAACUCCUGCAAUCCAUUAUCCCUGUUUGAUAUCCAAGUGGAGAAAAAAUGUCCAGAAAAAUUUAAUGAUAUCAAGAGAACUCUGGAGAGGGAGGCUAGGAGCAGUCAGUAUUUGAUUAUCUGGACAGAUUGUGACAGAGAGGGAGAAAAUAUAGGGUUUGAGGCCAUUCAAGUUUGUAAAGCAGUGAAUCCAAAUCUACCUGUCUACAGAGCAAGGUUUUCUGAGAUUACACCUCAAGCAGUAGCUAGAGCCUGCAGUAACCUUGUAGCUCCAGACAAGAGAACGAGCGAUGCAGUGGAUGUCCGACAGGAACUAGAUCUACGGAUAGGUGCAGCCUUCACCAGGUUUCAGACAAUGAGGUUACAGAAGAUUUUCCCUGAGGCUCUAGCAGAGAAGUUGAUCAGUUACGGAAGCUGUCAGUUUCCCACCCUCGGCUUUGUGGUGGAGCGAUAUAAACAGGUCCAGGCAUUUAUACCAGAACCAUUCUGGAAAAUUAAAGUAACACAUAUCUUCGAUGAAGCCACAAAGUGUGAAUUUUCAUGGAAAAGAAAUCGUUUAUUUGAUCACAAUGCCUGCCUGAUCCUCUAUGAACAAUGUAUUGAGAACCCUGAAGCCAAAGUAAUUGAGGUGAAAUGUAAACCAAAAAGUAAAUGGAGACCAGUUCCAUUGGAUACUGUGGAAAUGGAGAAGCUGGCUUCCAGAAAAUUAAGGUUGAGUGCCAAGGAGACCAUGAGGAUAGCAGAGAAUCUCUAUACCAAAGGUUUUAUCAGCUACCCACGAACAGAAACUAACAUGUUCCCCAAAGACCUUGACCUGGCAGGGCUAAUACAGGAACAGUCCAGGGAUCCAAACUGGGGAGGAUUUGCCAGUGGGAUUUUGCAAGAUAGACCAAACCCUAGGAAUGGAAACAAAACAGAUCAGGCUCACCCUCCCAUACACCCCAUCAAGUAUACAGACACCCUACAGGGCAAUGAUGCCAGAUUGUAUGAGUUUAUUGUCCGCCAUUUCUUAGCCACUUGCUCUAAAGAUGCCCAGGGACAAGAGACAACCGUUACCAUAGAUAUUGCAGAGGAAAAGUUUUCAGCCCAGGGUUUGAUGAUAACAGCCAGGAAUUAUCUGGAUGUUUAUCCUUAUGACAAAUGGAAUGCCAAGACAAUACCAGUGUACCAGGAGGGUGAGGUUUUUGAGCCCAAUGCUAUAGAUAUGUUAUUCAGUGAAACCUCACCACCCCCACUGCUGACAGAAGCCGAUCUUAUCGCAUUAAUGGAAAAACAUGGGAUAGGAACUGAUGCAACUCAUGCUGAGCACAUAGAAACAAUCAAGACCAGAAUGUACGUGGGAUUGAACCAGGAUAGUCGCUUUGUUCCUGGCCAGCUGGGGAUGGGGUUAGUAGAGGGCUAUGAUGCCAUGGGGUAUGAGAUGUCCAAACCUCAUCUACGUUCUGAAUUAGAGGCAGACCUGAAGAGAAUUUGUGAGGGAAAGAAGGACAAAAAUGUGGUGUUGAGCCAGCAGGUGACUAAGUAUAAGGAGGUGUUUAAGGUUGCGUGUGAGCAGGCCCUGAAGAUUGACCAGGCCCUGGCUCAGUACCUGGGGGAGGCCCGAGACCUACCUGUGGAGGAGGCCCUUGACAUACUUGCCUCAGUUCCUGUUAAGAAAUGUGCCAGCUGUGGAAUGGAUAUGACACUGAAGACCAGGAAAACUGGAGGAUUUUACAUUGGCUGCAUGGGAUUUCCAUCGUGUCGCUCAGCUAUCUGGUUACCUAACUUUGUUCUGGAUGCCAGUGUUAGUGAUGUCAAAUGUGAAAAUUGUCAAGCCCAGCUGAUGAAUUUUAAAUUCAAGAUGGGUUCUGUACCUCCAAUGUUACCACUACAAUACACUGGAUGUGUCGCUGGUUGUGACAACUUACUCUCAGAAUCCCUACAAAUUAACAAUUUUGGUGAAAAUAGAGGAGGAAACAAUUCUUUUGGAGAAAGUGGAGGGGGAGGGUCUGAAUUUGAGAGAAACUCCAAUGUCAACUGCAACUGUGGAAAACCUGCUAAAAUGUUGACAGUAAAUAAAGAUGGCCCCAAUAAAGGUCGGACAUUUUAUGCCUGCACCAAUCCCAGAGAUCAAAGCUGUAACUUUUUCCAGUGGGGAGAUGAAAUCACGGAGGCAGGCAAUAACAGAACUGCUCCACCGUUUAGGUCUGAUGCUCCGAGCUCUCAGCGAGUUCCCUUGGUAACAGUUCAGCCAUUCAAUAGACAGACAAACAAUGAAGACGAUGGACAGGACAUUGUGUGUAACUGUGGGACGAGUGCAAUCCUCCUAACUGUCAGAAAGGAGGGGCCCAAUCAAGGGAGACAGUUUUACAAAUGUGGAGGAUCCAAUUGUAACUUCUUCCUGUGGGCGGACCAAUCUCAGGACCAAUCAUCAGAAAACAACAGGAGGCCCCAAGGAGGGGGAGGAGGGGGGUUCAAUAAUCAAAGUUCAGACAUGGAGAUGAAUUGCAAUUGUGGAACUCCGGCUAGACUGUUAAGAGUGGUUAAAGAUGGACCUAACAAGGACCGAGAAUUUUUCUCCUGUUCCAAACCAAGAGGCCAAGGCUGUGAUUUCUUCCAGUGGGCAGAUAUUACAAAUGAAAACAGAAGUGAUGGUGGAGGUUUAGGUGGUACAGGGUUUCAGACUGGUGGAAAUUCAGAAGUUUGUUGUAACUGCGGAAAUCCUGCCAAAAUGUUGACAGUAAAUAAGGAGGGCCCCAAUAAAGGCCGUACAUUUUAUGCCUGUGCCAAACCCAGAGAACAGAGCUGUAAAUUCUUCCAGUGGGGAGACGAAAAUCCAGAGGGAGGCAACACAGGCUCAUAUGUUGGUGGUGGUGGUAAGAAGAGAACAUCGUCUGAUCUUGGCAGCAGUGGUACCACUCCCACCAGGAAGCGGGCCGCCAGAAAGUGUGGGCUGUGUGGAGAGGAGGUUAACCCAGCGUACCGUGAUGACAGUCUCCCCCAUGACAGGGAGAGGGUGGUGGUAGACAUGGAGGGGAUACACAUGCAGGACCGCCGGGGGUCAGACGGAUCACGAGAGUUCAAUCCAGAGGGCAGCACUCGCAGGAGAUGGGCAGCCACAGAGGAACUGAGGGACACAGCUGACCUGAUCAACUCCCUCCCCAGUCGACAGCUUGAGCAAAUAGCCAGUGGUGUGUCAGCCAAAGAGUCUCUCAGAAGAAGGAAGAGCAGUAGACGAUCCUUACACGGGACAAUCAGAGCCGCCCGGGGGAAGGGGGCGGACGAGCUGGCCGAGUCCUUCAAACACAACGAGGAGUAUAUGGACGAGUUAGACGGAGAAGCCAGAACAACAGAGACACUGCGGAGAAUUGCUAUGCCCAUGCAGGAUAAAAUAUCAAUUAAAAAAACUACUUCAGAAACCAGGAAACAGAUGACAUUGAAGAGAGGCAAGCAUAAGAAUAUAGGGUGGUGGAAAAGGACCAAGUACAGUAUUGGAAUUUCCUGGAUGCACUUUAAGCAUCGGAUGGCUGAGUUUGCCUAUUCCUUGGAGUUAUGGAGAAGUCACAUGAAAAGGAUAGAGGGACACUUUGGGACUGGUGUGACUUCCUACUUCUUGUUUCUGAAGUGGAUAUUCCUCCUUAAUAUCCCUGUGUUCACCUUAACAUUUGGGUUUGUUGUCAUCCCCCAGAUUCUCUAUAGAUACUACCUGAAGGAUCCCACUGGGUACGGCUGGCCAGUGAAUAAGACAGCUGUAUCAUUUACAGGGGAGGAACUCUUGACAGGAAGUAAUUGGUUUGACAAUACUGAAAUGUACUAUGGGUUUUACACCAAUGAGAAGAUAGCCAUACCAAGGAAUUCCACCAGUGAAUACGACAUGAAGUAUGCCUAUCUCUUUACCUGUGGUGGUUACUAUAUCCUUUGUCUGAUUACACUAGCCAUGAGUAUCUCUCACUCUUACAAAAUGAAUUACAUUGAGGGCAGUGGCACUCACACCUUUUACAAUGUAAGCCGUGUUUUCUGUGGUUGGGACUAUAACAUCACAGAUAAAGCUGCAGCUAAACUCAAACACAAGAGCUUCUACAAUGAAAUGAAGGAGUAUUUAUCAGGCAGUAAAAAGAAAAAGAUGAAGAAGAGCCUAGAAGAGAAAUGUAAAUUGUUUUUCCUGCGAGUGUUUACAAACCUGAUAAUCCUGGGUGCUAUUGGUGGCCUGUCCUACCUUGUCUUCUGGAUAUCACAGAAUGAUUCACUCAAGCUGUCUGUGUACAUCCUGAGUGAUAUGGCCCUGUCUCUCUGUGUGUCGGGAAUAUUCCUGAUUUUUCCACCGAUCUUCUCCAUGAUUGCCAGAUUUGAAAGAUACGAAAAACCAAAGAAUGAAUUGUACAUCAACAUGGUCAGAACCAUGUUGCUUAAAACCUCUGUGCUGGGAGUUUUGGUUUAUUUUUGGUUCACUACAACAGCUGAUGAUAAGGAGAAAUGCUGGGAGACAGAUGUGGGCAAUGAAAUUUAUCGUCUUGUGUUGGUGGACUUUUUAUUUAUUCUAGGAGCUACAUUUGUUCUGGAAUUCUUACGCAGGUUGGGAACAUUUUAUUCUCCACUUUUAUCUCUCGUCAUGAUGGUGAAGCUCUUCAUUAUUUUCUACGUCAAAAUGAUAAGUGUCCUUCAGAACUGCCGGCCUUCUCUGCGACCUUGGAGAGCUGCCAAAAGUCACACCAUUUUUAUGGGCUUCCUGUUCUUCUUUUUUCUAAUGGCUAUGGUAGCUGUGGCUGUCGGGGUCAUCAUAAUUGAACCAAGUAAAAACUGUGGUCCCUUUCGGGGAGAGGAGAAGGCUUAUUCUAUUGUGACUGAACUGAUUGACAGCUGGAAAAAAAACUUGCCAGUGCUUCAUGACAUCAUCAACUUUAUUUCCAGUCCAGGGUGUAUAGCCAGCAUUCUGGUGGCUCUAUGUGUGGGGACUUACUACAUGAGGAUUGUAAUGGUGGGACACAAAGAGAUGGUGACACUAUUGAGGCAACAGCUACAUAUGGAAGGGCGAGAUAAAGCCUAUUUACUGAGAAUGUUACAAGAUGUCAGUCAGAAGAAGAAGGAGAAACUCCCACCAUCUAAUGUGAACAGGCUGCUGUCUCCGACCUCAGUCUCGACCCUAGAGGCAGGUCAAAGGUCACCAGGUCAUCGUGUGUUUGCAAGAGCAGCAGCUGAAAAUGCUGCAACACUGUCACCUAGCAACCCCAGAGUGAGGCGGGGGGAGUCUAAUGGGAGUCUCAAUGGCAUUCUACGCUGAGCAGCCCAUCCAUUUCAGACACAAAGCUUUAAGAAAUCCAUUGUCUUACACAUCAGUAUAAAGGACUAUCUUUACUUUUACAAACCUUAUAUUCAUGUACAUGUAUCAAACUAAUACUUUAUUUGUGACAGCAUUAAAUAAUAUGAAAGAUUUUGAUCUGUGUACCUUUAACAUGUUCCUGGGUAAAGUUUGGGUCCAAUUUGGAGAUUACUAUCUUAUUUGAUAUAUACCCUUAUAGUAAAAUUAAUCUGUGAUAAGUUUGCAAAAUUGAAUGUUCACAUUGUGUAUAUGUACAUCAUUUAAAGCUGACUCAGGUGGUAGGUGUUUGUUUGUAUAUGUUAGUUUGUCAUCUUUGAUGAGUGGCAUAUUUUUUUAAUCUUGAAUUUCUUUGUCAAAUUAUGAGUGGGCAUAAUGCAUAAUAUUAUAUUCUAAGCAUCUAAGGCAUAAUUAACUUUAAUAUACUGUUUAUACAAUUGUAAAAUUUGUGGAGGGUAGCUUUGUCAAUGGCAAGUUCUUAUAAACAUAGGGACCAAUAUCCAUAGAUUACCACUUGCAGUGUUGAAGUGGCUUAUGCUAGUGAAUACACAUGUUUAAAACAAAUUUUAUGUAAAACUUUUUUUUUUCCAUAUAUUUACCGGUAGUUGAAAAAAAAACAUCUUACCAUGAGAAUAGCAGUGAAGUGUGCAUUAUUUCAGUUCUGAUCAUGUUAACUUUAUACUUCAUUUUGCUUUAAAGCUAAACUGACAUUUCAUCUUUGUUUUCAUUAAAACUCUGAAUUCAUGGGACAACAGGCAUUUAAAAUUUUAUUCAAAAUUUAAUUUUUUUUAAAAUUUGUUUUUGAUUUCACUCUUUUUUGGACCCUAUUAUGUACCUAUAUGUAUUUUGUCUUGUAUACAUGUAUAAAUGCAGUGUGACAAUUUCACUUUCUCUGAAAAUAAUUGCCUAUAUUAACUAUGUAUGUUCAUUGAGACACCAGAAAUGUAAUAACCAGCAAAGACCUUUGGUGCCUAUAUGUCUGUGUUCUUCGUAGGUGCAAUGAUUUUUGUUGUCUCCCCUCUUUUAGAAUGCUGUCUAUUUGCUUCAUAAAUUAUAAACAUCACACAUUAACUUAUAAACCUUUCUAUUUCAGUAAUAUGUACAUACAUGUAUUCAGUGUUCUGUAUCAGAUGCCAAAUAUUUGUCUUCCUCUUGAUGAAGGGAGAUCUACAUGUAUAUGUACUUUCUUGCAUUAAAUUUUUCUUGUCUCUCUAAAACUGUGAUCUGCAGACCUUUAUUUUUCUCUGAGAUUAUUGUGGAAUAAAUGGGUUUUUUUUCAUUCAAGAGUCAUUUUUAUGAAAAUUAAAAGAUGGGCAAUUUUUCAAGUACCUUUAACGGCUUAAGCAUUUUGCCAGUGAGAAUAGACCAAUCCACACUUUACAUAAGCUGUUUCCCUUUGCGGGGUCAACCAAAAGGUCAGAAGGGAAAGAAACAACAUUUCUCCUCUUUAUGCUACCAAACAUUUGGGUGGACUAUGAUGAAUCCACUGUGUUUAAAUUGUUUUCUUUGGAUG